AUGGAAUCCCUUUCCAAACAGGAACUUAUAUCAACAAUUACUAAGCAAGCUGAUCAAAUUAAAAGAUACGAAGGACGUCUUAGAGAUGUUGUAGCUGCUUAUAAAGGACUGGUUAAAGAGAAAGAAGCACUAGAAAUCAGUCUGAAGGCCUUGAACAAAUCUGACACCCCUAGUGAAGGAGUUUCAGAUGAUUCAGUAGCUGCUCUUACACUUUCUCUGUCUACAUUGACAGCAGAGAAAGCUCGUAUGGAAGAAGCAUUUCAAGCUGACAAAAAAGUCACAAGGGACAAGUAUGAGAACAUAAUUGCUACGAUGAGAGAAGAAACCAAGUCACUGGUUCAGCAACAUUUGGUCGAAAUAAAUAAUCUCAAAGCUAAAAUAGCAUAUGAGAUACAGGAAAGAGAAAAGGAGAGGGCUGAUCACACAGCUAUGUUAAAAGAACUUCACCUAAAACUGAACAGUGAAAGAAAAACUAAAGAAAAGUUAGAAGAUAAAGUAGUUAAUUCAACAGAAACUCAAGCAUCACAAGCUGAGCUAGAGAAGCGUGUCCGCGAUCUGAGUAGCUGUUUAGAGGCGUCACAGCGGCGCCUCCAGCGAGCCGAGGCCAGGACUGUGGAGACGCCCGCUCUACUAGUGCGGCUGCAACAGAAGCUCGCACUGCUGGAGCAGUCCCACUCUAUAGCUAUCAGAGAGGAGCAAAUAAAAGCGAAACGCGCCGAAGAAUCGGCCCGUAAGAUAUGCGCUAGACAAGAGGAGCGCGUGGCUCUCCUCGAGGGGAAGAUUGCGGAGUUGUCACAAACAGUCGGACAGUACGACCUGCGGCGGCGACAAGACCAAACCAUCAUACAACAGCUGAAAGACUCGUUGAACGGAAGCUUGAUCGAUAAGAUAGCUUCCAAUUCCAAUGUUUACGCUGAAAACAAGCCUAAAAGCGAAACGGAUAAUGAGAAAUUAGCGGACAGCGAAUAUUUGCAGACUUUGAUAGAUAAAAUACAUAUAUUGAAGAAAGAGCUCAUAUCAGAAAAUGAGAAACUCGGCAACCCAAUAGAUAUAACCGCCGUUUUCAAAGUUGACUGCUAUGAAAAUAUCCAUAACAAAUGCAAAGAAGAGUUGGAGAGUGUUAAAGCGGAAUUCGAGGCAUAUAAAAUUCAAAACAUCAAGGCUACUGAUGGCGAAGUGUCAGAGAGCGAGAUAGACGACUUGAAGGGUGAGAUUUUAGUUCUGAAGGAGAAAUUGGAGACGUACAUGAUGAUGCUGGAGGAAGAGAAACGUGAUAAAAUGGAAUCUUUGAAAAUGUAUGAGGAGAAACUGAAGAGCGAGAAGGAUUAUAAUAACGAAGUGACAUCAGAUCUGAAGGCUCGCGUUCAAAGUUUAGAGAAACAAUUGCAAACGCAAAGGGAGAGGUACUCGGCACUGUUGGACGAAACUGAUAAUUUCGUGAGAGCGAGGAACGAUAGGUCCAGGAAGGUCAGCGUGGAAGACGGACAUUGGAAGGAGGGAGUUCUAGCGGAUGCAUCGGCCCCGCCUCAUAUGUUACAUUAUGCGCACGAGUUGGCGCGUAAAGAUCUCGACAUCACACAACUCAGGAAAGAGAAACACGCACUUGAAGGACAGUACAGGGACUGCCAAAGAGAAACGACGAUAGAAAAAGUGAGGUUCAAAGAAGUUGUGAGGACAUUAAAGGAAGAAAUCGACAGACUGAGAAGAAUACAAUCACGCGAGGGUGCCAACUUGGAAUAUCUGAAGAACGUGGUGAUGGCAUACCUCAUGUCUACAGAUUACGCGGGAAGGAAACACAUGCUCAACGCUAUAGCGGCAGUAUUGCACUUCACCACCGCCGAAAGAAAUAUAGUGAUGAAAACACUAUGA